AUGCGUCACUUUCUUUCAUUAGCACUGAUAGCCCUAUCAUCCACCAAAGCUGUUAGCGCAUCCAUCAAUACCAGGGCUGAGACUAGUAUCCCGCAAUAUGUCCUCGAAUACGCUCCACUGAUCUGGCUCCACAGCCAGGAAACAUACAUGCCAAGCGACAUACAACAGCAAGUUGAUAACACGAAACCAAAUGUUAACUGGACAGUAAUUGCAGACGCUCAGUCCCCACUGGACCUUGAUAACCUUGACUCACUUAACAGCAUGGGCAAUACAAGCGUUUACUUGACCUCGUCUGAGGGUAUCGAUGCCACUCCCGAGCCGGCUUGGUUUAGAGGUAUUACUCCGGACCUGGAGGGGCGGAUUGGUGAUGGGACUGGGAGUGCUAUUGUUGUUGUUGAUCGUGGCAAUGAGACCGUUGAUGCUUUUUAUUUUUAUUUUUAUGCGUAUAAUAAGGGCGAUAAAGUGCUCGGGAUGGAAUUUGGGGAUCAUAUUGGAGAUUGGGAACACAACAUGAUCCGCUUCAACAACGGCACACCCACAGCAAUUUGGUACAGUCAACACGCCAGCGGCCAGGCAUUCACCUACCACGCGGUCGAAAAAGAAAAGAAAGAAGGCAAACGGCCGUAUUCAUACUCUGGCAAUGGAACUCACGCCAACUACGCCACAACAGGCCAACACGACCACACAAUCCCAGGUAUAAAUUUCCCAACAGGCUUCCUCCUCGACUACACAGACCGCGGCAAACUCUGGGAUCCCGCACUUAACGCCUACACAUACACCUACGACCUGGCAACGGCAACCUUCACGGCUACGACCGGCGACCCAGUCGCAUGGCUGGAUUUCAAUGGCAAGUGGGGAGAUGAUCAGCCGCCGAAUGAACCUUCGAUUUUUGGAGAGGCGAAGUACGUUGCUGGACCCAAUGGGCCGAAAUUCAAGGGUCUAGAUCGGAAGAUGGUGUGUCCGUCUAAGCCGUGUAUUGUUUUGCCGUUUAGAAUUUGGUCUGGGAAUACGACUGAGUGA